AUGGGAUGCUCUUUUUAAAAGAAGAAAGCUAUGGGCUAAAAAACACAGCUUUUUCGAACGGGAGCUGAUCUCAUGGAUGAAGUAAAAGAUGUAGAUAUACAAAUCUUUGGUGUCAUCCUAGAAUUUUUAAGAAAGGAGCAAGGUAAAGAUUGCAUUGGAUUUUUAUCAGAUAUUGGGAAUCAGAAACAAUUAGAAUUAUAAAUUUUAUAAUAAUUAGGGAAUAUUACCCAAGCUGAUAUAGAAUAGAAAUUGUCUGUUAUUGGAAAUGACAUGAAAUAAAUUACAAAUUUAUUAAAAAAAUUAAAAAAUCAUGACUUCAAUUACAAAGACUUUUCCUCUAAAGAAAAUGAAGAAUCAAAAUUAAGUUUAAUUUAAAGCAUCAAAGAUAAUAGAAGGAUCAUUGAAUUUUUGUAAUUUUUAGUUCAACUUACAGCUAUAGAUAACACUUUUAUCUAAUGUGGAUCUAAUUCAUUACACACCUUAGUUUGGAUGAAAGUAAAUAUGAGUAACCAAUCCUUUGUAAAUAUCAGGAUGAAGAAUACUUCUUUAAUUGGGGGAAACUUUGUUAGAAGUAACUUGAGUAGAUCUGAGUUUGAUAAUGUAGAUAUCAGCGGAUUGAAUUUGAAUGGAGCUUAACUAUUCAAUUGUAAAUGGAAGAACUUGAAAAUCCAUGAAUUGAAUAGGUUGGAUAGUCAUAGUAAUGUUGGAUAAGUCUGUUUCUCUCCUGAUGGAAAUACAUUAGCUUCUGGUAGUGACGAUAACUCUAUUCGUCUAUGGGAUGUCAAAACAGGAUAAUAAAAAGCCAAAUUAGAUGGUUAUGAUGAAGCUGUAUAGUCAGUCUGUUUCUCUCCUGAUGGAAAUACAUUAGCUUUUAGAAUUGGUAAAGGGUCUAUAAUAUUAUGGGAUACUAAAACAAGAAAGAAAAGAGCCAAAUUAGAUGGUCAUACUCAUUAUUUCUAGUCAUUCUGUUUCUCUCCUGAUGGAAAUACAUUAGCUUCUGGUAGUAGUGAUAAGUCUAUUCGUCUAUGGGAUGUCAAAACAGGAUAAUAAAAAGCCAAAUUAGAUGGUCAUAGUGAUUAUGUUAUGUCAGUCUGUUUCUCUCCUAAUGGAAAUACAUUAGCUUCUAGUAGUUAUGAUAACUCUAUCCAUCUAUGGGAUGUCAAAACAAGAUAAUAUAAAGCCUAGUUAGAUGGUCAUACUCAUUAUGUCUAGUCAGUCUGUUUCUCUCCUGAUGGAAAUACAUUAGCUUCUGGUAGUAGUGAUAAGUCUAUUCGUAUAUGGAAUGUCAAAACAGGAUAAUAAAAAGCCAAAUUAGAUGGUCACAGUGAUUGGGUCUUGUCAGUCUGUUUCUCUCCUGAUGGAAAUACAUUAGCUUCUUGUAGUUGGGAUACCUCUAUCCGUCUAUGGGAUGUCAAAACACGAUAAUAAAAAGCCAAAUUAGAUGGUCAUAGUGAUUGGGUCUAAUCAGUCUGUUUCUCUCCUGAUGGAAAUACAUUAGCUUCUGGUAGUAGUGAUAAGUCUAUCCGUCUAUGGGAUGUCAAAACAGGAUAAUAAAAAGCCAAAUUAGAUGGUCAUACUAAUUAUGUCUAGUCAGUCUGUUUCUCUCCUGAUGGAAAUACAUUAGCUUCUGGUAGUAAUGAUAAGUCUAUCCGUCUAUGGGAUGUCAAAACAGGAUAAUAAAAAGCCAAAUUAGAUGGUCAUAGUAAUUAAGUUUGGUCAGUCUGUUUCUCUCCUGAUGGAAAUACAUUAGCUUCUGGUAGUGAUGAUAAGUCUAUCCGUCUAUGGGAUGUCAAAACAGGAUAAUAAAAAGCCAAAUUAGAUGGUCAUAGUAAUUGUAUUAACUCAGUCUGUUUCUCUCCUGAUGGAAAUACAUUAGCUUCUGGUAGUGAUGAUAAGUCUAUCCGUCUAUGGGAUGUCAAAACAGGAUAAUAAAAAGCCAAAUUAGAUGGUCAUAGUAAUUAUGUCUACUCAGUCUGUUUCUCUCCUGAUGGAAAUACAUUAGCUUCUGGUAGUGAUGAUAAGUCUAUCCGUCUAUGGGAUGUCAAAACAGGAUAAUAAAAAGCCAAAUUAGAUGGUCAUAGUAAUUGUAUUAACUCAGUCUGUUUCUCUCCUGAUGGAAAUACAUUAGCUUCUGGUAGUGAUGAUAACUCUAUCCGUCUAUGGGAUGUCAAAACAGGAUAAUAAAAAGCCAAAUUAGAUGGUCAUAGUGAUUGGGUCUAAUCAGUCUGUUUCUCUCCUGAUGGAAAUACAUUAGCUUCUGGUAGUAGUGAUAAGUCUAUUCUUCUAUGGGAUGUCAAAGCAGUUUAAUAAAAAGCCAAAUUAGAUGGUCAUACUAGUUAUGUCUACUCAGUCUGUUUCUCUCCUGAUGGAAAUACAUUAGCUUCUGGUAGUAGAGAUAACUCUAUCCGUCUAUGGGAUGUCAAAACAGGAUAAUAAAAAGCCAAAUUAGAUGGUCAUUCUCAUUAUGUCUACUCAGUCUGUUUCUCUCCUGAUGGAAAUACAUUAGCUUCUGGUAGUUAUGAUAAGUCAAUCCGUCUAUGGGAUGUCAAAACAGGAUAAUAAUAAGCCAAAUUAGAUGGUCAUUCUCAUUAUGUCUACUCAGUCUGUUUCUCUCCUGAUGGAAAUACAUUAGCUUCUGGUAGUGAUGAUAACUCUAUCCGUCUAUGGGAUGUAAAGACAGGAUAAGAAAUUAAAUCCUCUGAUAAAAACUACAAAGAUAUUCUUCCAUAAUUAAAAAUACCACUUUAGAAUAAUUCAUUAUUACCAAAUGGUAUUUUUUAUUUAUUAUUUUUUAGUUGAGCCAGAUCGUACUAUACUUAGGAUAUGUUAGAAUCCUUAAUUUGAAGCAAGAGGUACACUUAUCUUGUAAGGAAAAUUUAUUAAUCAAUCAGGUAUAGAAUUAAAAACAUUGUUUAAAUAAAAAGGAAGUUACUUUUUAGAAGACUUAUAGAAAAAGUGA